AUGAACAAUCGUAGUAGUGUAAAUGAAAGUAAUUUGGUGAGUUUCGCGACUGAUUUGCCUACUCUUAAUCAAUUGGACACAAAAGACUCGUUGUUAAGCUUCCCAUUCGACCAUAUAUACGCUUGCCAUUCUGAUAGUUCGGAUCGGAGGCAAACGCUUCAGCUCGACAAGGAGGUUGAGAUAUCUACUCAUUGUGUCGUUGAAGAAGAAAAGGAUUUGUUAGUGAGCCCCAGUCCUGAAGUGAACCAGCUUUCAACCAAACUCACCGCUGCUGAAAGCCAAAAUAAGAAGUUGAAGGAACUACUUAUCUACCACCUGGAUUUGAUUCAGCAGCAGAAUGAUUUAAUGACAAAGAGAGAGAAGGUGUAUCAAGCAUUGAAACAAGAGAAUGAUACACUUAAAACUAAACUGAAUCGUAUGGACAAAAAAGCUCCAGCGAAUCAAAGACAAAGUGUCAAUCCUCCACCAUUAGUGAAUGUUGUUCCCACAACAGCUACAUCAACGGUUGUAAAAACCGAACCAUCCCCAUCUUCACAGAUUAUGUUUAAUAGUUUUACUGAGCUAUUAUUGCCAGACAGCCAAACAAACUCGUACAUCUUUAACAGUGAUAUCAAUAAAUCAAAAGCAUUUACCAACAAUUCUGUUGACAUAACAAGGAGCUCAGAAUCGGAUGUAACUAGCUUUCUGCCUACUGAUUGGGCUGUGCCGUCUAUGUCAAUAUUGGAUAGCAAUUUGAAUUGCGACAAUUUCACCAUGAUUGAGAACAAGCGUUCCUAUGUUAAAAAAGAGAGCGCGAAACCGGAGCCCCGUCCGGAGCCGCUCUAUACUGUGACAUCCAACAGCGGCAACCCCGUUAUCCAGAAGAUACAAAGAAACCGAAGGCGGACCUCAGGCAUUGGAAGCCUAAGCCGCAUGUCGCGCAAUACCACACCCAAAGUAGAAAUGCCAGACACAAGUAAAAUGUUUGAAGACGAAAAAAGUUUUGAUCGCAAUUAUAGCGUUAAUAAGAAAAAUAAAGUAAAUACAUAUGGAAAAUCAAGAUCAACCAUUCCAAAAAAAACGACUCAGUUCACAGGAUCAUUAUCAGAUAGACUACAAUUGAUUGAUACUACGCCUACGGGGGAAGAUCCGUACCAGCUUGGUGAGGCUGACAUGAGAGAACAAUCGCCAAUCCCAAAACUUAUGUUACAAAAAUCACAUCAUGGGAGAAUGAAACUGUCCAGUGAUAAUCCAUCUACGGCUACGAGUACACGUCGCAUUUAUGACCCGGCAAUACCAGAAACAACAACUAAGCCGCUGAUCAAACCAAAGGUCGAAAGAUAUAGUUUAUCUAGCACCUUUGUACCUGAGCCAAAAAAAGAGUUACCAAAGACUCUUAUGGAAGGAGAGCCGGAUAUGGAUUUAGUGAAAAGUGAGCCAGAUCUAGAUUGGCAAAUGUUUAGUACCAGUAAAACUGGUAAUGAGACAAGCUUAUGUGAUUUUUCUUAUGGCGAAAACUCCAGCAACUUAGCCACAAGUAUUCUCCCUGGGUUGGAUUCGGUAGAAUUCCAAGAUUUAUUUAAUGCCGAUUCUCCAUUGAAUUUGGACACCUUGAAUCCGGUGGAUUUUACUCCAAUAACGGAAAACAAUAACCCUGAUAAAUCGAAACAGCGAGGUGCACGAACCACAAGCUUAUUAAGUCCAGAAGCACCUGGUGGAUCUGGCCUUAGUGCCAUUCCAGAUUUUGCUUCACCUGAGGCAGUGGAUUUCAAACGUGGUACUGAAAGCAAACGUGGCAGGAAACGUGCAAUGUCCGCCACAGGAGUUACUAAGGCGAAACGUGACCCUACGCCAAAGCAGGCUGCACCUAAACCAAAGCCAGUUAAAGGAAAAGCUGUUUCCCGAGGCAAAAAGCCAGCUGUACCCGGCAUGAUGACCUCAAAGCCAUAUCACACGUUGAUGGGCGAUCCUGAUCUAUCCUGGUACUUGGGACUGGACCCAGACAUUAAGUUUGAAGAUAUUGACCCUACUGAAGACCCCAAGGCUUCUACUGUCGAAGUACCCAGAUGGAGGGAGAAGCCGUACACGAGUUGCUACACUCUUGAGGGCACGGAGAAUCUAGACGACAAAGUUUUCGAAAAGAGGCACCAAAAGCUCGAAGCGGAGGAACGGAGACAGCUCAGGUGGCACAUGCGUCGAGUACGGGAGCAGAGACAUGUGGAGAGACUUCGGCUGAGACAGAGGGACUCUUGGUGCGGCGGGAGUGCCUCCCCAGCAUACCAACAGCCUUCGAUCUAUACGAUAUGGCCGCAGCCUCAGAGGGAUGCCCGUUUUAUCGAGAUUACGGAUUCCCUCCCUGUGAUGGCUUUUGGGGAGAUUCUACCUGCUCUACCGGAGACAGAUUUCAUGCUGCCAUGGGUGAGGACCUCGAAAGCUUUGAAGAGAGCAAAGAGAUCUAAGACGCUUCAUUGAAGCUUUCAACGUAAAACGAGGGUAAUGCAUCACAUAACAUGGAAGUGUGGAUAUUCGAUUUUGACAGUAUAAACUUGUCACAAUAAUUAUGAUGAGCUCAAAGACAAUGAACUAUUCUGAGAUUAUGAUAUCUCUUGUGUCGGACUGAAAUUUAAUGAAGUAAUGACACUUCAUUAUAAAAUAAGUAUAACUGAAGGUAGCAGUUUUAUUAAAAAUGUUAUUUCACAUUAUUCUAGCAGUGAGCUCUCUAUAUCUUCCCAAUGAAGAUUAUUCACAUAAUGUAAAUAUACUAUGCUUUAAAUUUGUGACUCUUUAAUGGACUGAAUUUGUAUAUAUGUGUAGUGUACGCGAUAUGAAUUUAUGCAUGUUUCUCUAGAGGGGUAUUGUAUGCGUAUGUUUACAUUAUUAUUUUGUAAAUGUUUUACAAUGUAUGAUUUACCAAAUAUAUAUUAGUGAUCGUUAAAUUUAAUUUUAACAGACGUUUCGUAUAUGAAAUACUUGGUAAAAUAUGAUUUGUUUUAUCAUGUCAAAACUUCAUUGGCGAUGUUCGUGUUGUUUUAAUGGGAUAAUAAAAAAAUGUAAAUAUAUUGCCAAUAUUGCAUUUGUUUUAUGUCUGGGCGUAUAAGUAAAACUUAGAAAUUACACCGCAUUAGUAUCCCUACUUAUAAUAUUUUUAAACAUCUUGUUUCUUUCACGCCAAGAACAUUUAAUGUGAGGUCGAAAGUGACAAAUCCGUAUUUAGAACAGUGAAACAGUGUUUAUUAGUGGGAUGCAUAGUGUCUUUUCCACAUACAAUCUUCCUAUCGAUGUUUACUUUUUAAACCGUCACCUACUAGUUUUUUAACGUUUGUGUAUUAUUAUAGGAACUGUGAUUCAAAAUAAUUAUUUUUAAUUGCUCUAGCAUAAUUAUGAAGUAAGAUUUUAAUGUAGUUAUUUGUGCAUCUGAGUAUUUAAUAUUGUACAAUAGAUGAUAUGAUUUGCAACAUGAAAUUAAUUAACUGAUGUAGUAUAUUAGCAAUUUGGAAAAUUGCGGUUUGUCGACGGCGCCAUAUUAUAAGUAAAGUUUGAUCAGAAAUAAUGCGUAAAAGAAAGCGAAAAACCAAAAAUAUUCAUUACAGCAUAAAUCUUAGGGUAUGGGUUGCAUCUGUGCAACAUAGUACAUACAACUACAUACAGAUAUUACAUUAUAAUUCGUAUUAUAAAUAAUUUCCCUGUUUGUAAUAAUUACCUCUAGAACUAAAACAAUAUCAUUACCAUUCUGCAAGGACUGCUUAGAAGUCCGCCUUUCAGAUUGAUACCAAUGUAUAUAAGUAUGUAUAUAAGUAUCCCUGUGGCUGGUUAGACGAAAACUAAGCUAAGGUAUAAUCUAUCCGUGAAUGUAUAUUCAUUAUUGAUUAAUGUUAAACUAUAUUCUAUAUAUAACACUCCUUGGUACAAUCUAUUGCAACCGUUGAAAAUAUUUUACCCUUAAUAUGGAAACAUUUUACCAUAGUAGGUUCAUAAAUAAGCAAGCAACGCUCAUCGCAUUGUUAAUUAACUCAAUAUUAUUCAGUGUUUGUCGAUAACUAUAAGAUGUAAGAUAACAAGUAGCAAAAUUUAACCAAGGUUAUAACAGUAAGUUCUCGUAGGUAUAUAGACCGAGUAUUUAUAUUUGUGGUAAUAUUCACAUUUAAUACUAUCGAAGAGCCUUUUUUCUUUCUAACAAUAAUCACAGAACACACUGGCCGUCUUUAUCAAUAAUAUACUUAGAUAAAAAAUAAAUGAAAUAUUUUUUCUGUAGAUAAAUUCGGUCCUAUAUAAAUUACGAUUUUAUUCAUUCUUCUAGAGGUAAAUAUUUAAUAAAUUUCUUAUACAAUUUUCUUACUGUUUUAUACAAAUCCUUUUAUGGACUAUUUCCAGAAAAAAAUAAUUCAACUUUGGAUACAUGGUUUUCGAAUUUUACAUUUUAUUAUUUUUAUUAUAAUGUUUUGGGAUUUUUUUAAUUCUUUUCAUAUUAUGGUAUAGAUUUUUACUGGCAAGAUUAGUAAUUUAAUAAUGCCACUAUGUCUCAUAUUGAUAUGUAUAUAUUUGUGCUUGAUUCAGAAACAAUCACAUACGGUUAAAACACUCAUUCGUAUUUAAAAUCAAUUUAAACUGAGUAGUAUGAUGUACAUGUACAACGAAGGUACCUAUUUAAUUUUACUGAAAUAAAUAUAUAGUGCUCAGUCAAAUACCAGAAUUAUUAUUUUGUAAAAGGUAAAAGUUACGUAAUUGGUAGGGAUUUCCAAUAGUGUUAUAAUUGUUUUUUCGCAAAGCCACAAGUAAAUAUGCAUGAUGUUAUAUUCCCUUGCCUCACAAAUUAUCACUUUAUACCUUAUAUUUUAUGUCAGUUCCGUAAAUCGGGAGCUAGUACUACAACAUUAUUUAUUUUGUAGACACAGCUCUAGUUCGAGUAUUCCCUGUGUGUGUUAAUCACUCCUACUUGGAUACAGUUUUAAUUUGUAUCAACAUUUGUAUACUAUGUUAUUCGCGAAUAAGAUAUAAAUCAUAGUGUAUAAGAUGAUGCGUAGAUAAUUGGAAUGAUUCGUGUAUAUGCCAAAUAUCUAAGAAACAAUAUACUUGUGGCUGAAUGUAUUAGAUGCUGAACUUAUGUGUUAAAGUUGAAUAUUACAUGUAAUAACCAUAUUGCAAUUCUAUUGUGCGUACGAUCUGUCUGUCUCACUUCAUAUAAUAGGGGCCCUCAUGAUGACGUAAUAAUGCCCUUAUUAUAAUAUACCACAUUUUAUGUCAACAUUCAUAUUUCAAGUGGUAAUAAUAAUAAAUGUAUGUAAACUAUGUUAGGUGUUUAAUGGUAACUUAGUUAGCCACACUGGAUGUUGUCAUAUUAAGAUCUCAUUAUAUAAGAUUAAUUGGACUGUCAUUACAUAAUAAUCCAUUUACCGUUUAAAAAUGCUGUAGGUCAUUUCCAGUACAUAUGCAUGUGUAGUUCAGGGAAGUUACAAAAAGUUAUCAUGCAAAAAAUAUAUCAAGAUUUUUACCGGGAUAAUUUAUUUUUAUAUAUUGGCCAAUAGUUAAUAUUAUGCCGGCGCCACACAUAGCAAAAAUAUUUGAACACAUGUGUAGCAUGGGUAUUUGCGGAGUUGUGCAAAGUUGGUUUAAAUGUUUGCGUAUUUGGCAUUCAGUAUCGGUUUCUCGAUCACACAUCAAAGCGUUCAUAGUUGAAUGGUUUGCAUAUCCUGCCACACUUACACAAAGUUCAGUUUUAUAGAGUUGCUUGAAGGAGAACCGAUUAGAUGGAAACCUAAAAGUAAAAGCAAUCAAAAUUUAAAUUUGGUCAGUGCCACUUGGAUCAGAAUAACGAGUAAACUGUUAUCUUGCUCUAUAUCGCAGUUUUUAUUUUAUUUUUAUAUAGGUACAUGUAAUAAAUAAUUAUAUUCACAAGUAGUACAAGUGUAAGGCUUCCACAAAAUGAAUGAAUGAAUGAAUACUGUGACCGAAUUUAUUUGGAAAGCCUGUGUGGCAGGUCCAGGAAAAACUAUGUUCAAAUGUUUGGCAAAGUCUUUGUUCAAAUAUUUGUCUGUAUGUGGAGUCGGCAUUAUGGUGUGCUCUGAUAGGGUAUCAUAAAAAUAUUUAGUUGGAUAUUUAAUUUAUUAGAAUAUUGUACAAUAACACAACAUGUUGUACAAUAUUAGAAUAUUGUAAUAACACACACUCAGGCACAGAGUUUGUUUUCAUUUUAAAAUAUACCUUUCCACUGUAUGAUAAAUUAAGAAUGAAAUAAUAUCACUUCAGAAAAUCUUAGGAAAUGUAUAUAGCUAUACAGUUUUCAGAUAGGAUUCAAACUCAAAAUGCAGGUAUCUGAAAUUUUUUAUACAAUCUUAUAAUCUUCCCGCUAACGGACUUCAAUUGUAUGUCGUUUUUAAAACUUGCAUGAUAAUAUAGUCAAUAGAUAUUGAUAGUAAAUAAAUAAAGAUGUACUUUGUAUAUAUCGCACAUAGAAUAUUUAUUUUCUCAAAUUGUUUUCUUGUGAUUCCUGAUUCUAAAUUAGUCAUAAUCCCGGUAAAAAUCAACACGAUUUAAUAGUGGCAAAAUUGUUUUUCUUCUGUGGUACUAUAAUAAAUUUGUGAAAAUUGCAUAUCAUGUAGCAAAAUAUACAAUUUGGCUCUAAAUUACUUUACUUUGUGAAUAUAUUGUCAUUACAUUAAAUUUAAGGACUUUAAUAUUGUCUUUAUUCUUAUUGUUUUAUUAUAACAUUUCAAAGUUGUUGUAAUUUAACGUUAGUUUAUUAUGUGGCAUUUAUUUAAUAAUCUCAACAAAAUCCUGUACAUUUUGUUGUACAAGAAGAGCUAGUAGUGUUUUAACACUAUUAAUAAAAUAAUUUAUCUUCCCAUAUAUCUUAAGAUUCCUAUUUUCAUUAUUGUUUUGGAUUCAUGUGAUACUUUAAGCUGUAUAAGUGGAAAUAAAGAACAUUCAUGAA